AUGAGAAAUACCGUCAGAGUCCCCCUCUUUCUUGAUGUUGAUGGACAAUUAUUCAAAACUAAAAAGCCGCUCUAUUUGCACGGUUAGUGAGUCUAAGUAAUUAAGGUUGCACUUACGGUCAAGCCAAGUCUACAAAACCUCGUUUUAUAAAACCCUUUCAUGUGACAAUGUUUUCCCGUAUUGUUUUGGUCUUGUAGACCUUGUAAACAAAGGUGUAACAACUUGACUUACUACUGAGUAAUAUAUCAUAAUUGAGGUCAAGCCGGCGUUAUCUGUUGUCCAGUCAUGGAGAAAGGGGAAAAUAAGGCGAAAUCGACUGUUCUUUUUAACCGACGUGAUUUCUGGAUAUCGUAUAAAACGCUUUGUCGAGUGCUUUGAUAUAGCUUCUCAAAGAAACAAUAAUGACAAAUAAUAAUGACAUUUGCCUGAGAAAACAGCCUACACGCCACCACUGAGAUCUCUGCAAAAUGAUGUCUGUGAAACGAGCACAGAAAUUCCACACUGAUGACGCGUCACUAUCGAGAUCUGGGUAGUGCUUCUAAUUGGUGGAAGCAAAUUUUCAGCCAAUCAGAAGCACUACCCAGAUCCGUAUGAUGACGCGUCAUCAGUGUGGAAUUUUUGCACUUGUUUCUCAGACGUCAUUUCGCGUGAAAACCUGUGGCCGGCGUCACGAAAUAUCAGCCGUUUUCCCAGGCUAAAUUUAUAUCACUGUGGUGAUUGCUUUUUCUCUUCAUAAAUUAAUAUUAAUAAGAGAAGCAUAUAUGGAAACCAGGUGGUCAUGUUGUUAGCCUGCGUGGCAGGCGUUAAAAGGCGAAGGGGAAGGGGGAAUUUGGGCGAGCGAGGGAGAAAGGAAAGGAAGGCCUGCAAGGACGCCAUUCUUUUCUCCGUUUUUCACGCUCAGAUUCUGAGCGUGAAAAUAGUGAUUGGUCAGAAUUAAUUAAAUGUCAAUCUUCGACUUAAUACCUUUUUCCCAUUGGUCGAAAUCAACAUCACGCCAUUUGAGUAACUAAACAUAUAUCGUCAGUGAAGCGUGAUGAGAUUUCUCUACGGGAAUUCAUCGUUAGAAGGCAUCAAUUUCAGCUUAAAAGGAGAAUUUUUGGUUGAGGACUUCUUCUUGCCGGUUAUAAACCACCAGGAACUCACUUUAAUAAUAAAUUGCUGCCUUCUUGCAGCUCUUCGAAGUUCAGCCCUUCUUUCCCCCGCCAUCAGCGUUCUUUUGUGUGCUCCGCUGGAUCCAAUUCGUCCUGAUAGAAAUUCAAAGAGUGCUUGACGGCAAAGUGUUUUAAUUUUCUUAGACCAACAUUGCACUGAAAGUUGCGAAGAGCCACUACCUUUCUUAUUAAAUGGUUUUCCAGCCCGAUUACUUCAGGAACAACUUGAAUAGAUUUAUGCUGGAUUUUAUGUAACUCGGCACGCGUCGUUGCAACUUUCAAGGAAGAUUCAUUCAAUGCACGACCGCAUUUGAACUUUUUUAUAGUACCUUUACUUUAGAUUUCUUGUUUUAGGAAAACAAAAGAAAAACAGCGCGAGAAAUACGCCGUGCAUCGCGGCCAGACUUAUUUGACAGCUAGUCAUUCACAGUUGCGUUAUCUUUGUAAUUUUUUUAAUUAGUAGGUGGGAUGGCGAAAACAAUGGCUUCCUUGCAGGCGUUCCCCUCCUCCCUCCUCCCUCGCGUGCGGUCUCGCGCCCUAAUUCCCUUCCCCUUCCCUCUCGAACGCCUGCCACGCAGGCUAUCAUGUUGUAUGUUUUAAGAAGGUUUUUUUUCACUUAUUUUUGCAGACCCGUUCAAAGUAUCAAACGUUACCCCUUCAUUAGUUUCGCCGGCUCAAAACAUCUACUUGACAGUCAGCGGUAUUUCUUGUCAAGAUUGGUUACAGUAUUUCGUCCGGUUUCAGACCGCAAACGGAACAAAAAAGACCCAGCAGGGGAUCUGUAAGGAUUCUAUUAUCUCGUGCUAUGUCCCUGAAUUUUCACCCAAUACACGGCUUCGAGUUGGCUUGACUCUGAGUAACAGACUAGUGGAGUGGGCUGACAGGAAGAUUCUUAUACAGUGUGAGUAAUCUUCGAUAAGGGCGAUUCAUAAAGCCGCUCGAGUAACACCACCCCCAUUGUAGCCACCAAAAAACCACAACCUUUAAUUCGGAACUACAAGGAGAUGUUACGUGACAAACUCAUGUACGAUAACCAACUUCGCGAUAAACAUGGUUUCUAGAUGGAAUACAAAAUACAUGAAAAUUACAGAAAUAGAAUGAAAAACUUACACUAACACUUAAAACCGACGAAAUACAGAAAACGUUAACAAAGGAAACUUACAACACGUGUUAAGACGUCCGGCGAGUACGAUGAAAACCGAUUACUAAAUGUAAAAACAAAUACAACCGCCUAAAACUUAGCACAAACGUGGCGAGCACCUUUUCACAUGUUUACGACCGCGAGGUCCUGGGCCUAAGUAAAAUACCGCUGGUCGGGUAAAUAAUAAACCGAAUUUAGGCAUAACCUGGAACUAUAUCCAUCCACCCACCUCUUUUCAUGUUUGCUUCGUCUGUGUUCUCAGCCGAUACAUAUCACUAUAAUUGUUAAUUAUAAAGAAAGCGAAGGAGCACAAGCUUUAACACAACUUUCAGAAACUCAUUAACAUUCAGUUAGCAUAAUUGUCCAUAAUAUUGACUUCCCGAGACUGAAAAGUCAAGGGGGUGGUUUCACACGCAUCACAUUUACUUCAAACCCAAAAUAACAACGUUUACCUCUGGUCCGGGCUAUUCAAAGCUGGGUUAUAGGAUGACGUAGGGUUAAAAGGCAAAUUCACUUAAAUUCUUUUCGUCUACAAUUUGAUGAUUGGAUGCGCUCAAAAGAAAUAGAAUGCUUUUGAACAAAACAAAAAGGACAAAAAGAAAACCGGAUUAAAAUUAAGCCCUAGCACUAAUUGGCCUUCAAACAACUGGGCCCUGGCGUAGCGCCAGCUCAAAAUUACAUAUUCGAACAUAAAAUAGAAAAAAGGUUGUAUUGUAAUUUUACUUAAGAGGUAGGAGAAGGAACUAAAUUUAAAAGAGGUCUUAAAACGGUCUCGCAUUUUGCGUUGUAGAUCCGAUAGACGCUAUGAAAAGUUGGGUAAAAGACGUGAAAACAGACACUACUGCGAAAGGAUCGUUUGCAUUCGUGGUAGUACUCAGAGAUCGCUUUGGAAAUCCCAUUAAAGUUAUCGAGAGAGACAACAAGAAACCGACAAGGGUAUUAGUUCAGUACGCGCCAAGGAACAAACCACAACAAAUGACCUUCCUAAAGUGUACCACGACCAUAAGGAAUCAUGGGACUGGUGAUGAGUUUGUGUUGAGCUGCGCAGGCGCUGAAAAGGAAAGUAUCUAUUUUUAUCCUUCCAUAAACAAUGUACCACUUGGUGGGAAGGAGAGGUAUGAAGCUACAACUACCUUAUGCCCUGGAAAGAACAGUUGUGAAGAUAAUUAG